GCAACUUUUGCGGCCACUCCACAGACAUGUUCUCCAUAAACUGAGCAAACCUGCGAAUUGGCUCAACCUGUGAGCCAAACAAACAAACCAAAUUCCGUGGGGCUUACAUUAGUGAAAUCUGUCUACAACCAUUAGAUCGAAGACUGGUUUUCUAUUCGAAAUUCUGGAUGUGAAUUUUGAUUCUUUUCCCUUUUACUAACGUAGUGGUCGGGGUUAGUUAUGCAGAAGACAGUGACUCUGUCAGGACCUCAGCAUGGCAUUUUUCUAUUAACUUCGGGACUAAAUUGCUACAUUUUUUGCCAUGAAUAGCAGCAGUGCUUGCACCGAUGGCCCCUGUAUACGAAGGUAUGGCCUCGCAAGUGCAGGUGUUUUCUCCGCAGCAGGCUCUGGCGUCCAGCGCCUUCUUUAGCGUGAAGAAGCUGAAGGUGGAGCCGGGCUGCGGCUGGGACAUGACGGGCUACGGCUCGCACCCCCACCCGCACCACGCGCCGCACCACCCCCACCACCACCCGCACCAGCAGGGCAGCAAGAGUAGCGGAGGCCUCUGCGCCUCGCUGGCCGCACCCCCCGUGGGCCUCAAGGCGGCCGCGUUGCCCUACGAGCAGGCGCUCCUCUUCCCCACCAGCACGACCGCUCACAUCCUGGUGGCCUCAGCGAGCUCCUCGGUCGCCGUGGCGCCGUUGCUAGGCAGUAGCCGUGGGAGCGCGGGAGGCGGGAGCAGCAGCGGAGGAGGCGGAUCGGGAGCAGGAGCGGGUCACAACCUGACGCGGCGCAGCACGGUCAGUCUGCUGGACACGUACCAGCGGUGCGGCCUGAAGCGCAAGAGCGAGGAGUUGGAGCAGCACCUUCAUCAUCAUCAUCAUCAACACCAUCAGCAGCAACAGCAGCAGCAGCAGCAGCACAACCACAAUCACAAUCACAACCCCAACCACAAUCACAACCCCUCCCAGACGACGGAGGAGCACACCAUGACCCACAACGCCUCAGGCAGCAGUGGAGGAGGAGGUGGAGGAGGAGGAGGAGGAGGAGCAGGGGGAGGGGGAGUGGCAGCGGGGCACGCGGCAGCUCUCCCCGUUUCCUCGACAACGACCACAGCCGCCCCGCCAGCCGCAGCAACCACGGCAACCGCCACGGCAACAGCCGCGUCCACGGCGACGUCGAAGAACAGCAGCGGCAACAGCGAGGGCGACUACCAGCUGGUGCAGCACGAGAUGCUCUGCUCGAUGACCAACACCUACGAAGUGCUGGAGUUCCUCGGCCGCGGCACCUUCGGCCAGGUGGUCAAGUGCUGGAAGCGCGGCACUAGCGAGAUUGUGGCCAUCAAGAUCCUCAAGAACCACCCGUCAUACGCGCGGCAGGGCCAGAUCGAGGUGAGCAUCCUGGCGCGCCUGAGCACCGAGAGCGCCGACGACUACAACUUUGUGCGCGCCUACGAGUGCUUCCAGCACAAGAACCACACGUGCCUGGUGUUCGAGAUGCUGGAGCAGAACCUGUACGACUUCCUGAAGCAGAACAAGUUCAGCCCUCUGCCUCUGCGCCACAUCCGGCCCGUGCUGCAGCAGGUGGCCACGGCGCUCAUGAAGCUCAAGAGCCUCGGCCUCAUCCACGCCGACCUCAAGCCCGAGAACAUCAUGCUGGUGGACCCGGCGCGGCAGCCCUACCGCGUCAAGGUCAUCGACUUCGGCUCAGCCAGCCACGUCUCCAAGGCCGUGUGCUCCACCUACCUGCAGUCGCGCUACUACAGGGCCCCUGAGAUCAUCCUGGGCCUGCCGUUCUGUGAGGCGAUAGACAUGUGGUCUCUGGGUUGCGUCAUCGCCGAGCUCUUCCUGGGCUGGCCGCUCUACCCCGGAGCCUCCGAGUAUGACCAGAUCCGCUACAUCUCCCAGACGCAGGGUUUGCCUGCGGAGUAUCUGCUGAGUGCUGGAACCAAAACCACACGCUUCUUUAACAGAGACCAGGACUCCUCAUACCCACUCUGGAGACUGAAGACUCCAGAGGAUCAUGAGGGAGAAACUGGGAUCAAAUCAAAGGAGGCCAGGAAGUACAUCUUCAACUGCCUGGAUGACAUGGCUCAGGUGAACAUGAACUCUGACCUCGAGGGCAGUGACAUGCUGGCAGAGAAGUCCGACAGACGCGAGUUCAUCGACCUGCUGACCAAGAUGCUGACCAUCGAUGCGGACAAACGUAUCACGCCCAUCGAGACACUUAACCACCCCUUUGUCACUAUGACACACCUUCUGGACUUUCCUCAUUGCACGCAUGUAAAGUCCUGCUUCCAGAACAUGGAGAUCUGUAAGAGACGGGUGAACAUGUACGACUCGGUCAACCAGAGCAAAACACCCUUCAUCCCCCAUGUAGCACCUAGCACCUCAACCAACCUCACCAUGAGCUUCAACAGCCAGCCGGCCCCCCCUCCGCUGGCCACGGUGGCCCCCCGCACUAUGCCCCUGCAGCCAGCUGGACCCACCCAGCUCUGUCCCGCCCGGCCAGACGCCUUCCAGCAGGCCCUCAUUGUCUGCCCACCAGGCUUCCAGGGCUUGCAAGCCUCUCCUUCCAAACACGCAGGCUACUCAGUGAGAAUGGAGAAUGCUGUUCCCAUUGUAACGCAAGCACCGGGAGCACAGUCCCUGCAGAUUCAACCUGGCCUGCUCACACAGCAGGCCUGGCCCUCUGGCCAUCAGCAGAUUCUGCUUCCUCCAGCAUGGCAGCAGCUCACACACACACACACAUCCGUUCAGCACGCCGCCGUCAUCUCCGACCCCAUGGCCGCCUCCCAGCCCCUUGCCAACUGGAGAAACUCUCAUCCUCAUGGCAGCCAUUACAAUCCCAUCAUGCAGCAGCCAACUCUCUUGACCGGUCACGUGACCCUGCCUUCCCAACAACCCUUGAAUGUGGGCGUGGCUCACGUGAUGCGACAGCCCUCGUCCAGCAGCUCUGCCUCCAAGAAAAGCAAGCAGCACCAGAUGUCCAGCAGGAACGUCUCGGCGUAUGAAGUGUCGUCCUCCUCCCAGACGGUCCUGUCUCCACAGCGUUCCAAGCGGGUCAAGGAGAACACUCCUCCUCGCGGUACCGUGGUCACCAACGGCCCUUCCUCUUGCUCUUCCUCCUCCACCGCCUCCUCAGCCUGCGUCUCCACCCAGAGCUACGGAGGUGGUGGCGGGGGUGGGGGUGGGUGGAGGACGGGGGGUGGGGGCAUGGGGGAGCAAGCGUCCAGCACCACGCGGGACCCCCCUCAGCACCACGGCCACCCGCGCCAGACCAUCGUCAUCCCCGACACGCCUAGCCCCACCGUCAGCGUCAUCACCAUCAGCAGCGACACGGACGACGAGGACCAGCCGAGCCACACCCACAGCAGUUCCUCCAAGCAGCGUAAGAACGUCAUCAGCUGUGUGACGGUGCACGACUCACCCGAGUCUGACUGCAGCGCUGGCAGCCCUUACACCAUGGAGUCGCGGACAGCCAACGUCGCCGUCGCCAACGGAUACGACCCCAAGCUCAACGGGCAGCUGGACAACUAUGGCAGAGGCGGUGGCAACAACAACAACAACGGCAACCCCCGCACCAUCAUCAUCCCCCCGCUGAAGAGCAACGGCAGCGAUGGCCUGGGCGAGUGCGAGCGCAUGCUGACAGACACCAUGAGCCACCAAAAUUCGGUCUACAAAUACAAGUCAUCUAACGGAAGCAUGAUGGGAAACAAGCACACCUCCGGGAUGACAGGGGGCAGCUCGUACCGUCAGCAACGCUUCCAACAGCAGCCUCUGAAUCUCAGUCAGGCUCAGCAGCACAUGGCAAUGGAGCGCGGUGGCAGCGGUCACCAGCGGCAGCAGGCCUACAUCGCGCCGACCCUGGCUGCCCAGGCGCCCUACUCCUUCCACCACAGCAGCCCGUCGCACACGGCCGGCGUAGCGCCUCACCUGGCGAGCCAGCCGCACCUGUACACCUACACGGCGCAGGCGGCGCUGGGCUCCAGUGGCGCCAUGGCGCACCUAGUGGCGUCGCAGGGGACUGCGGCAGCGGCUGCAGCGGCCGCGGCUCGGCACGCCGUCCACCAGCACGCCACUGCGGGCUACGCGCCCCCGGGCCUGGUGCACCACCACCACCACCACCACCAGGUGCCCGUCAGCAUGGCGCACCCGGUUCUGCCGUCGCCCACGCUGCACGCCGCGCAGUACCAGGCCCAGUUCACGCACCACACCUACAUCAGCGCAUCGCCCGUCUCCUCCGUCUACACUGGAUACCCACUGAGCCCCGCCAAGGUCAACCAGUACCCGUACCUCUAGAGACGCCCGCCACCACCACCUCCACCACCGCCACCACCGCCCGCACCCACACACUGGAGCCUCCGCACCCACACCCACACCCGCACACACACACACACACACACACACACACACACACCCGCACCCACACCCACACCCACACCCACACCCACACCCCGCACCCACACCCGCACCCACACCCCGCACCCCACACCCACACCCACACCCACACCACCCCAAAACUCCAGUUCUCCCUAGCGCCUUCAUGCCUCCUUCCCCCCUACCACCACAAGCCCCCCCCCCCCCCCACCCAACGCUGCUUUCCCCCAGAGACCCAGAGCCAAGCCUGCUAAAGAUACCCACACCUGAAACUUGAAGAGGAGGACUGGUGGUGGAGGUUGACGGAUGGAUGGACAGGUACCCACAGGGCAGCUGGAUUCGGCUCCCCCAGACCUGGGAUCGUGCCAGACCAGGCUGUCCCUCUGGGAUGCCAGGACUAACUGGGAGGAUUACGGAAGGGUACAAUUCUAUAGAAAAGGAUUAUUAUUCAGUGUUGAAUUAUUUUUAUUUGUUUUGUUUUUAAAAGGGCCAGUUUUUGUUUGUUUUCUUUUCUUUGUUUCUUAUUUUUAAUUGGGGUUUAAAAUUGUCUGGCUUUGGGAAACAGACAUUUGUUAUUUUUGCCAUACUUUUCCCUGUGUUUUACUGAGAGUUGCUGCAUCUGAAAGCCCCCACAAGACAUGGGAUUUUCAGUCUUUCUUCUAUUGAGUACUUUAAUCAAAUCUUUUUUGUUCUCCUUUCUAAUUUUCAAUCAGAGAAAAAAGAAACUUGACUUUUUUUCCAACCGAGGUCACUUUUGUGGCCAUUUGUAUUCCUGCAAGAACUUGGAAAUGGAGGAAACAUGGAUACCUGCUGCUCUUCAAAGAUAAAAAAAAAUAAUAAUGAUGAUGGCCUUGAACUGUCUUAGGACAUUUCCAAAUCAUUUGUGGCAUGCGUGGGGUGAACCAACGCCUGCUCUUCUCUCCAACAUGGCAACUGGAGAAGUCUUCUGGAAAUAAAUUAAAAAAAAUAGACAAAAGACUAUAUAAACUACUUUUUAAUGUAUUUAUAGACUUUUUCCAUUUUACGUUCACAUUUAGAAGAAAAAUAAAACAACCCGUUAAAGCUAGGAGUUGGAACCAGGCCCCAUUUGUAGAAUGUAGCAGCCUGAACCAGAUUUGAUUUAAUGAACAACCUUUCUGAUACCAAUAGAACUUUUUUCUUCUUUAAAUGUGAUUGCACAAGUGGUUAUAAUAACAUAGGCAUGUACAACGUGAUUGUCUGUGUGUGUGUGUGUGUGUGUGUGUGCGGACACAAUGUGUGUGCUGUUGUCUGCCAUGUGUGUGUAGUCCACCUAACUCAGCACCUGUGCGAAUAUCUCCUUCAUGGUCUUACAGUAGGUUCCUCAUUGUUCCUUCGUAGUGCCUUACAGAUAUACCAACACCGUUUACUUCACUGCAACUUUCUAGAAGAAUCCGAGACUAGUUGUGACAGAUGGUCUUAAGUCAAACAUCUUUGUCUUAGUAGAUUUUUCUACUUGUAGCUCAUAGACGUUGGCCCUUACUAUAACCCACGAGCAUGCAGUUUUGUUUUGUUUUUUGCCUUGUUGUUGGGAAUUAGCUUCUGUGAAGAGACAUAGGCUUUCCUGGGGUAACAAACCAAAGUUUAUUCAAGACAAACCUUUGUGAUAACUGUUUGGAGUGGAGCUGAAUUUGCAGUCAGCCGAAACCUGUCAGUCACUCCCUACAGUAUAUACAUAUAUAUAUAUAUAUGCUGUGUAGCUCGGCCUCAAAGCUACAUGUUUCUAAAUCAUAAAGGGACAUCCGAGGCAUCGACAGACAAAACUGCGGAUUUUCAGUGAGAUCACCACAGGAAAGAGAGGCUGUAGUUCAGGUCAAACAGGUUCAAGGUCAAGGGGAGCUUUGUGUUGUUUUGGUGAUCGGUCGCUGAGACGCUGUUGGAGGACAUCAACCAUAGUCAGAUCAGAUUAGUAGACCCAGAGAGUGGCUGUGGCCGAAGAGUUACGGAGAGUUCUGCAUUCUCUUGGGAGGUGGUCAUUAGAAAAAGAGAGACCGGACAAAGCAGGGCGAGAGGCCAGGUUCAACAGAAGCAGGAAGAGGAAGAGGAAGAGGAGGGUAAGAGAUGGCUAUAAGUGAGAGCAUUCAUGAAUGAGAAGAUGAUGGGCAAGGAAGAGGUGGAGAGGAGGAGAGCAGAGGAGAUUCCACGUCUUCAGAGAGCAGAGUUUGAUGGCAUUGAGCAGGUCAGAACAGGUUACUGAGAAGCGCCUGGUGGUCAUUGAGAGUUGCGCAAGAACGCACACUUUUUUUUUUCUUUUCUGAGUCAGGUUUGUCAGGUUUCUUUUUCUCUUGUCAUUGUCUGUUUUGGUCUGUUCCUGUGGAGAUUCACGGAAAAGCUUAGAACUGGUUGUCCAGCUUUGGAUAGGCGCACGAAACCCGUGGGCACAACAUAACACACCACACGCUCUCCGACCAGUCGGAGAAGAGUUACGGACACAGCACUUGCCCCGCCAUCUGAAUGCGGGCACUGCAGACUCCAACCACAUCAUGUUGUGUGAAAAGGGACAAGCGGUAUGUAGGACACCUUUGGGGCCAAUGCUUACGUGUUUUGAUUUGUGAUUGCUGCUUAAUUUAACGUUGACCUGUCUACUAGCCAAUGAAUUUCUUUAAUGCGUUUUGAGUUUGAGUUUCUUGUCCUCGUGAACGUGGGCACAUCAAAACCACUUGCUGGUUUAGUAAACAUAGCCCCUCCAGUCUCAUCCCAUAGUACUUGCAUUUGAGGGUUUUUUUACAUUGAGAUUUUUACCUGGCUAUAUAGAUUUGCUGUUUUAUUGUUAUUAUUAUUAUUAUUAUUAUUAUUGUUAUUAUUGUUAUUAGAGAUUGUUGCAAUAAUUCUUGUAGAUAUUUUAUUAGUUAAGUGGUAUUGUGAUUUGUUAAACACAUCGCUAUCUGGGAGGGAUUUCAUGUGUAGGCAAGUGUUGUUCAGUAUUACUGAAAGACAACAGUGUGACGUGUUUUAUCUAAAGUGCUGAUGUACUAAUCCGUGCAGGUCAGGGACAUAUUCGGGGGCUUGACCGGUAGCUGAGCUGCGUUUGACUUCAGGCCAUGCUUAAAGGAAAACACCCAAAUAUGUAAGACAGAAUAUGGCUUGUGUUCAUCACUUUGACAGUCAUUUAGACAUGUGAGGCUUCUUCUCCCUCCUUCCAGCCAUUAAAACACUUGCUCUAUGAAGUAUUUGGACCGCACUGUGUUGUCCUGCUCUGAUAGUGGCUGACCCCAGAAUCGUUUUGAUCCGUCCUGGGGUGAACAGCUAUCAAGGCUCCCAGAGACAUUCCACUGAGGACAGAGGAGCUAAGAGAUGAACUGCUUCUCUCUCUUUCUCUCUCUUUCUCUCUCUCUCUCCCUCUCUCAUUAUCACUCUGUUGCGCCCCCCACUGACCAAAACAGGGGUUGCUAAAUUGUCCCACAUCCCUCCCAUCCCACCAAAGAAAGUUGCCAUGGUAACAGAGCAGCACUGACCCCUGCUCUCUGCAUCUUCAACUGACUGUGCAUCUGCAUCAAGCCAACAUACAAAACACGCUUUAUGCCAGAGGCCUGAACCUGAUUUACACAGGCAUACAUACAUGCACUCAUACAUACAUACAUACAUACAUACAUACAUACAGGCUCACAACUAUGUCAAACAUACAGUACAAAAUAAGGCAGUAGCCAUCAUUUAACAAAGUGAUGACUCAUUUGAUUUUGUGCACUUGGAAUAAUUCACUCUUGGUCUGAACUAAUACCCAACUUGGAUUGAGAUCCUCUAAUCCAAAUUUGUUUAUUGACCGAUGUUUUAUAUGUAAAUUAAAUGUUUUUUUGUUUGCUUUGUUUUCAUUCAAGAUGUAAUUAAGCUUUAUUAAUGUUGUAAACAAAUGAAUUUGUAAAGACAAAAUAUGAAAUUAUUAAACAUGAUUGUUGGUGUGCUACACCUUGGUCUGUAGGUGAAGUGAGCCGAAAACCAGAAAUGUCAGUUUAUAACUUUGAAAAAUGGUCUCUAACAUAACACGAAUGUACUGAAGGUGGUUGAUACAGUUGACAUGAUCUUUGAUUGACAGCCUACAAAGUGACUAUUUUUGGAAAAGAUCCAGCCAUCCAUAAUCCGAACACUGGCAUAAUCUCCAUCCGAACACUGGCAUAAUCUCCAUCCGAACACAAAAGAUGCAAUAAGCCUGUUACUUGCCGACACAGUAUCCGGUCAACAUUCUUCUAAUAGCUGACUAUUGUUCUUCCAGAAGUAAAACCCUUCUACUAGUUUCCAUUACACAGAUAUACAGCAAUUGACUUUAUCAUGCCCCAUGUGAAUGCAUUUAGUGAAAGGCCCUUUUUAGCCCUCCAAGCCUUAGUUAUGUCAAUCCACUCUGAAAGGUGAUGUACAUGACAGCAUUACGCUGUGUUGAUAAAUGUCUUUUUUAUUAUUUUUUUUGUUUGUUUGUUUAUGUUUUGUUGGUUUUGUAUCAGAUGUAUGAGCAGCAGUAGAUCCAGUGACCUUAUAACUACCAAAAUGUGCUACCGUAUGUUGAAGUGACUAGCUGUUUUUUUUUUCCUUUAUGCUCUGGAGUAUUAAGAGUCUAUCUUGUAUCAUCUAAUUUUGUGUAUUGUGGUGAUCUUUGAUUUAAAAAAACUGUGUUUCUGUUGAACUAUUGCCUUCCACAUGGUGAUGGGUGGUACAGGGUGGUAUCACUCUCAAGACACGCAGAUCUAGCCGAGGCACUACAGAGAGACUUAAGCAUCAGAUCAGGGCCAGAUCUGAGCCGGCAGUUAGUCCAGUGCUGGUCCAGCUCCACUGAACGCAGCCUGUGUCCUGCCCCAAAUCAUAGCUCUUCUUUGGACGUCCGGCCCUCACUCUGCCCUAGCUGUGUGCCAGACCAUGGUCGGAUGGGUUCCUCUGUUAGCUGUGAUCAAGGAGUCUUUCCCUGCUGUGCGCUUGGCUCCUAAAAUACUUCAGCACCCCCUAAACAGAGAGGAACAUUCCAGAAGGCAUGGUUUAGAAUGCCUCUGCUCACAGAGGUUCUCACCCUCUGAGGAGAACUACUUGAAGAUUUUUUAUAUAUCUUUUUAAAAGGAGAGAGAUGUAGAAGUGCUCACCCAGGUCCCUCACCCAACAACCCCAUCCACCAACCCCAACCAACCCCACCCACCAACCCCAACCAACCCAACAACCCCACCCACCCAACCCCACUCACCAACCCCACCCAACAACCCCAACCAACCCCACCCACCAACCCCAACCAACCCAAACCAACCCCACAUUGGGAAACGUAUGUAGGCCGAUUGAUUGAAAGAGAGCUUUGGAAAGCACAAGCUCCCAAACAGUCACACAGCUGUGAGAAAAGCAUGAAAAGAGUUAUCAUUGCCCGUUUGGUUCCACAAGUGUGUGUAUGCGAAUGUGCCCGUGUGUGUGUGUGUGUGAUACAUGUUUCCCUGUGUGUGUGUGUGAGAGAGAGUGUGUGUGUGUGUGUACUGUAUGUAUGACAGUGCCUAAACGCUGAUCAGAGUUUCCACCUCAGGAUCCAGAUUUGCAGAUACACGGCCCAGGCAACAGGCGGUUCUGUGACACGUCAGUUCCCAGUGUUUCCCGACGGAAAACAGCACCCCAGCUGCCUGUCAGAACCAGAGGAGGUUGUGUAUGCAAAUCCCCCCCACAGAGCCCUGCUAGUGCAAACAGGCCAAACGUUCCAAUUCGGCUACAUUUGACCAAGAACCAAACUGCACCGGCUAAAAGCAGAUUCAUCUAGUUUUUAUAUAUAGACUCUUCCUCAGUAGUGUUUUGUAGUUCUCAGUUUCUGUUUAUGACAAACAAAAAGGAUUAGUAGGGGUUAGUAUCUACUAUUGUGGUACAAUCAAUUGGGAGUACACAGGACGUCACCUCCAGUAGCCCCUGAGUUAUGUUUGAUGUCCCUUUUGGCUGGCAGACUUUAUUAGUCAUGCACUGACAAGCAGUGUCCACCUCAGCUUAGGUGAGGUGUUACCUGGAGCCGUAGCAUGGGAAAUGGGAAGUCUAGGCUAUUGAUGCUGUGAAUCGCCAAUGUCCCCCCACCAAUCCACCCUGUUCCAGACUCAUCUGGGGUAAUGUAGCAGCGACUGAUGCUAAAGGCUACUGCGGUCAUCACCCAGCUAUCUGUUCACACAUUGUCCUUUUUUCUAAUCGCACAGACAAGCAUUCACAAAAUGUAUUAUAAAAAAAAUGCAAAUGACAACAAAAAAUGAUAUUUUUCUAUGACUUCUCAAAUAGACCUAAAGAAAAAAAAAAAAACUCCUGAGUCCUUUUUUAUUCCUGUGUGCAUUGCUGUAUAAGUUCCUCUAUGUCGUACUCUCAUUGGUUGUUACUAGUGUGUGCUGCAAGUAUCUUCACGUAGUCUAUUUAACUCCUUGUGUUAAUUGUUUUUUUUUAUUUAGGUUUUAUUUUUUGUUUGUUGGUUUGUUUAUUGGGGAUUUAAAAAAAUGUGUGGCGUCUUCUGAUUUCAAUCUGUUGACGUAGCAUUAAGUGUAGGCCAUCCAAUUCUUUAGACUAAUCUUAUCAAAUAUGUUACAAGAAUGGAUAUUUUACUGGCUUUAUAGAAUGUUUAAAAUAAAUAAAAUAACAAUAAUAAUAAGAAUGAUUUAACUCCUAACAAGUUGAAUACUUGCUACUAAAGCGCUUGUGUUAACCAUUACAAUGUUGUGCUUCUCUUUAUCAUUUUCGUUGUAGAAAAAUGGGUGAAUUCACAUUAGGCUUCUACAUCUAAUGUUAGCAGUGGAUGGAGAUCAACAGAUGGGAUCUAGAAGAAGAAAAUAGUUAUUUUAAUUGUUCUAUUACUAACCAUAGGGUGAGAGGGUGCUGGUGACAUGGUGAUCUAUUUUAUAGCUUGUUAUUCACUGUUACUUUUGAUCAUUUUUCGGUCUCCGAGGUGAAUCGAGUUGAUAAUGAAAAUUGGUAUGCUCACAUAUGCAUAUUGUAUAUGUGUAGGGAUGUAAUCACACUUUGUCUUGCAUUUACAUUAAACUGUUAAGUCACAGA